AUGAAUAGUAAUUUUAAUAACGGUACUAAUCCUUCAUCUCCACCUCCUUCGAUAAGUCUCACGCCAUCAAAUUCUUGUAAAAAUACAGGAAAGCCAAGGAGCAGAUCAGGGACGUUGCCAUCGUCUUUUUUGAGUGCAGGUGGAGCUAUGAGCAAUGCGGGAUCGUUGUUGGAAGAAAAUGGCCCAAUGGCCAAUUCAACCGGUUCGUUGGCAAAUAGCUACAACUCGGAAUCAUUGUGUUUGCCAACUAUGGACACGAUUUCGCUUGCAGUUUCAUCAUCGCCAAACACACAAGCUGUCGACAUUCCGAAUGGAGGAAAUAGCAACUCAAGAAGGAUGAGAUCAGGGUCAUUGUUUUCGACCAAUUCAAUCUGGAAUGAUGAUGCAUUAUCGCUUCAUUCACCAUCGCAAAAUGGCACAAGCAUGCUUGAUACAUUUGAUCUUAACAGUACUGCUAAUACUAAUUGUAAGAGUAAUGUUAAUGAUACUAGCAGCACGAAUAGCAAUAAUAGUUUCAUAAGCCCAGUACUUCAUGCCCAAAACUCCACGGUAUCACAUCAUAGUAAUACUAAUCCGUCAAGCACACCUACAUCGGCCAAUAAUAAUGCGAAUAUGAAUACUACUAGCAAUCAAAGAUACAGAUCAUAUACGACAACCGCAGCUAUACCAAACGUUAGUUCAUCUUCAAUAUCUUUAUCGAAUAAUUCUUAUUCGAUUGAUCCAAUGAACUCGAACAUGAUGAGUAGUUCUCCAUUUCCUCCUUCUAAUAAGACAAAUGACAUAAAUGCAUUGUUGGACAAUUUAAUGAUCAAUAUGAAUAAUAAUCAUAAUUCGAAUAAUACGAGACACAGAUCCCAAACUUAUUCGGGUACCACACCUGUAUUACCUGAAUCCAGCCUUCAGCAGCAACUACCAUCUCAACAGCAGCACCAAGAACAGUUAUUAGCACAAAACUUAUUCCAGCAAAACCCUCUGCAACACCCAAAUCAUGUUUUGGGCCAAAAGCCUUUAUUGCAAGAUGACUUUGUUUUAUCUCAAUUAAUGAUCACGACUUCCUUCGAGAAUCCAAAGUUGGGUCCAACUAUGAGUAUUUUGUUUGAUAAUUUACCUCAAUUUAUUGACUCAAUAAAAUUAUGGUCUAUUUUAAAUAAUUCUUUGGGCAAUAAUAGAUCGUUGGGAAAUAUAAAAAGUGUGAGAAUCUCUUCAACAAGUACUUCUAAAUUAGCUUUAGUCGAAUGUACUUCUGUCGACUUGGCAAUGACAUUGAAAGCUAAUUUUAAUCAUUUGGAAUUAGUUCCAGGAGUUGUUUUAUAUGUGGCAUUUGCAAAAUUUGCUGAAAAUUCAAAUGGCGGUACAAAUAAUAAUGAGGCUUCAUAUACGAGUGGAAACUCUAAUCCGGCGGCAUCAUUGCAGCCAGCUCCACAGAAAAAUGGUGGUGUACGUUCAGUUUCUGAAGCCUCGAAGCCUUCACCUACCGAUUUGUUGUCUAUCCGAGAUAACUUAGUCGCAGCUAUUAAUAGAUUAUCCAGCUCUAGUAAAGUUGUUGAUUUGAAUAAAAUAGUAUCCAUCAUCAACAAGUCAAUUUCUUAUCCAAAUGAGAAUUAUCAAGAUAAUUUUGGUCCUUUACCUGAUCCAAUUCCGUUACGUCAAUUUGAUUCUCCUAAGUUAAGAGAAUUACGUAAGGUUUUGGAAAAUAGUGAACAGCUACCAUCUCAGGCAUCUGGCGCUAAUAACAUAUCAGAUUCUGAUGAAAAUGAAGCUUCAAAUAAAGUAAUGAAUCAGUUGGAAUUAGAAGAAUUAUGCUUAGCAAUGUUAGAUGAGUUACCAGAGUUAUGUUAUGAUUACCUUGGUAAUACUAUAGUACAAAAGAUUUUCACAGUUGUUGAAUCUCCUCUCAUCAAGUUAAUGAUGGUAAAGGAAAUUACUCCGUUUUUAACCCAAUUAAGUAUUCAUAAAAAUGGGACUUGGGCAAUCCAAAAGAUUAUUAACUUAUGUAAUGAAGAUUAUCAACAAAAGUAUCUCAUUGGUGCAAGCUUAAAGCCCUACGCGGUUAAAUUAUUCAAUGAUCAAUUUGGUAAUUACGUGUUACAGGGUUGCCUCAAAUUUUCUUCACCAUUCAAUGACUUCAUGUUUGAGACAAUGCUAGACAAUUUUCUUGAAAUUAGUUUUGGUAGGUUUGGAGCAAGAUGUAUUAGAACCAUUUUAGAAACUGCAAAUGAAAGUAAUGUAAUUUCAAAUGAACAAGUAAUACUAGUGGCUGGAUUGAUUGUUGAGUUUGCCAACGAAUUAGUUGUUAAUAGUAAUGGAUCCUUAUUGAUUACAUGGUUCUUGGACACAUUCAAUGGGUGUGGAGCAAGUAAAGACAAUAGAUUUGAGCUAUUAACAGAAAAGCUCUUGCCCAAUUUAGAAAAAUUGUGUAUUCACAAAUUAGCCAAUUUAACUAUAUUGAAGAUCUUGAAUAAUAGAUCCGAUCUUAACCUGAAGCAAACUAUUAUGGAUUCGAUCUUUGGCAAGUUUGAAGGAUCUGAAGAUGAUUUUAAUAAACCUCCCUCAAAAUUAUUAGAAUCCAUUCUUAGCGAGACUCAGGAAAAUUCAGCGGGCCCAUUGUUUGUUUAUAAGAUUUUAUCCAAUCCAUUGAUGUUGACUGUUAACGAAGAGAAUGAUUCCGAUAAAAAUACUAAAUAUCAACAAUUCAUUAUUCAACAAAUUAGAAGGAUACUUUUAGAAGUAAACAUAACUAAUUUCCAGGCUUAUAAGAAGUUGAUGGAUGAGGUUGGAUUAUCAACAACAAGGUUGAAUAGAUCUACCUCUAUAGGAAACAGAAGGAAUAAAAGAGGGGGUCGUGCCAAUUCUAACUCAAAUAAAGGUCCACAGGGCCAAUCCCAAAUACCUCAGCAGCAUAUAAUUAAUCCAAUGGGGUAUUUGGUUGGACAAAAUGUUCCAGUUCAAAAUGCAUCCGCUGGUCAGAAUUAUGGGUUACCGCCUCAAAUUGCUCAGCAGCAACAACAACAACAGCAGCAGCACUCCCGCCAGCAACAACAACAACAACAAAUACAGCAACAAGGUUAUCAUAUGAUGAUGCCUCCUCAAAUGAUGAUGUCCAUGAAUAACCAGCCUCAAACUAACCUCGGUCCUCAACAGCAUGGGAUUCAACCUCAGCAAUUGAGCCAACAGCAGCAACAUGAUAUGGCUGUCAUGCAGCAAUUGGAACAAUUAUCCUUAAGCUCCGCAGCUUUAGGAUAUAAUUCCAAUCCAGGUACGCCUGGAGUGAGUACUGGACAAAGAAAUCUGUUUUUCUAA